AUGCAGAGCGGAAGAGAUGUUCCAACGGACGAUCCAUUGAUCGAAGAAGCCCAAGAGACUACCAGCGCGCGUCCACCCUUCUACCAGUCCAACCCAGGCAACAUCAGCGACGACAGCCUGGACAGUGAAGCGCUCCUAGACCACCGAGACCAGCCUACAUUACGUCCUCGGCGUGACAGUCGCCUAGCUCCCUUUUUUGCUGCAUCGUACCGGAGCGCACAUUUCCCCAAACUUGAAUCCGGCUCGCAAAAGAGGCAGAGAGCUCAACCAGAUGAUUCGAGUUCUAAUGCAUCCGACAAUGAAGACUCCACAGAUCGUACACCCUUGAUUCCUGGUGCGGCAAAGCCUAAAACUCCCGUCGAAGCUGGCUAUGGACUUUUUAGGGUCAAGUCUCAUACGUCUACGCUGUCGUCGGGUUCAAAGCAGCUGCAAAGAAAGAGGACAACUGGGACUCCUGGACACUCGUUCCCGAAGUUGGACCAAGGCUACGACGUUAACAACCCUCCAUCUAUUCCACCGAGCCCUACUCUUGAACCUCACUAUGGCGAUGUUAUGGUCGACGACGGAAAUUUCCUGACGCGUUCACCGGACAGUCGAAGAAAUCUUACGGCUGCCACUAAGGACGCGUUGAUCACUAUCGACGCGGACAGAGACAAUGAGCCGAAUUCUGCACCACCGAGUCCUAGACUUCGGCCUGGUGGACUUCAACGACAUCGCUCGCUUACUGUGCCAGUUGAGGUAGAUGUAUGUUUCCCUGCAGAUGAAGUAUCCGAAGCUGGGGACGAGUAUUAUCAUAGAACGCAGCCACAGGAACCCUAUAUGAGUUGCCAACGACGAAAACGCCGAGUGCGGGAGUGGCCCAAUCUGUGGGUUCUUGAUGAGUGGAGUCGAGAAGAGAAAGAGGCCAGGGAAGCUGGAGAACGGCGGGCAAAGAAGGUCAGUGAGCCUGUUUUUGUCGAGGGAAGGCUGCGGCCUCAGAAGAAUUCCUGGCACCAUGUCGAGGAAGACAAGCAAUACAGAUACACUUAUUUCAACGAGGAAUUUGAAAGUACGAUCCACGCCGAGACGAUAUCGGAAUUGGUACAACCAGGUGGGACUUUUCGCGAACUUUUCAUCCCAGAUCCCCCCGAAUUGAUCGAUUCAAGUUCCGAGGAGGAAAAGGAUUUGCUAGGAGUCGGUCAAAUUACGGAAACACCCAGUGCACUGCAAAGUCCUAAAAGUGCAACGGCGGUUGAGAACUACGCCGGAAUGCCUGGUCUUGCGGAGACGUCCCAACUGAAGCCUGUGGCCAGUGGAAAGAGUUCUGAUAAGAGCAAGAACUCGGGCACAGCGACACCGGAGAAGAAACCUUCAUUUUCUCGUCCUUCCAAGCCGAAGAAAUACGGACCGCGGCCGACUUUCUGGCUCGAUGUUCUCUGUCCGACAGAUCAGGAAAUGCGUGUCCUGGCAAAGACAUUCGGGAUUCAUGCUCUCACUUCGGAAGAUAUUAUGAUGCAAGAAGCGCGUGAGAAAGUUGAGCUGUUCCGCAACUACUAUUUCAUUAAUUAUCGGACCUUCGAGCAAGAUACCAACAGCGAAGACUACUUGGAACCUAUCAACAUGUAUGUCUGUGUCUUCCGGUAUGGUAUCGUCACCUUUCACUUCUCUCAGAUACCGCAUCCUGCAAAUGUCCGAAGGCGGAUUCGCCAACUCUCGGAUUAUCUAAUUCUCAGUGCGGAUUGGAUCUCAUAUGCCAUCAUUGACGAUAUCACCGAUGUUUAUGGACCUCUGAUUACUCACAUCGAGGAAGAAGUUGAUACGAUCGACGAUUUGAUAUUGCGAGCUUUUCAACACACUAAUGCCCUUGCCGGAGAGCAUGGCGAAAGGAAAGUCGACGAAAGGAAGUCAGAUGCGGGUGAUCCAGGAAUCAGUGGAAUCGACAUGCUCCUCCGUAUUGGCGAGUGUCGCAAAAAGGUUAUGUCACUGUACCGACUGCUUGGCAACAAGGCCGAUGUUAUAAAGGGGUUUGCAAAACGUUGCAACGAGCAGUGGGAAGUCGCGCCCAAGUCGGAAAUUGGUUUGUACCUCGGUGAUAUCCAGGAUCACAUCUUGACCAUGACGGGAAAUCUGUCGCAUUAUGAGAUGGUCCUGUCCAGGGCACAUGGAAACUACUUAGCCCAGGUCAGCAUCCAUAUGAACGAGCGGCAGGAGAAGACUGCCGACGUUCUAGGCAAGUUGACCGUUCUCGGAACCAUCGUUCUCCCUAUGAAUAUCGUCACCGGGAUGUUUGGCGGCAAUUUCAAAGUCCCCGGUCAAGACGUGGAUAAUCUGAAUUGGUUCUGGGCCACCACGGCCGGCUUGGUCUUAUUUGGAGUCAUGUGCUUUUGGUGGUGUAAGAAAGUGUAUAAGAUUGUAUGA